CAUAUACAUGCCCUUGUAUGAUUUCCAUUGCCACUGAAGGUUUGUCGUGAGCCAGGGCAGCUAGGGCUGACUGCAGAAUCGCUUGAAGUAAGAAUGGCAGGUGCAGAACAGCGCCUAGCGGUGCUGCUCGCGCACCUAGCCCCUGCACAGCAACAGGCAAAUGUGGCGCAGCCAGGUAGCCGGGUGCAGGGCAGCAAUUCAGCCCUCGUCAGCAACAACGGGCCGCUUGUGAUCGUGGGCGGCAUCUGUCUGGACAUCCAAGCUAAGCCAACGCAAGUGGAAGUCAACCGGGGCACGUCGGUGCCCGGCACGGUCCGGCAGGUGCCGGGCGGCGUGGGGCGCAACAUGGCUGAGGCGCUCAGCCGGCUGCUGCCGCCCGCCGCCCCCGCCCCCGUGUUCAUCAGCCUGGUGGGGGACGACACGGCCGGAGCCUUCCUCACAGCCUCGCUGCGGCGGCUGAGGCUGGACCUGACGCACCUGCUCACAUGCGCCGGCGCGCCCACACCCUGCGUGUCGGCGGUCAUGGACAGGGGCGGCGAGGUGGCGGCGUGUGUUGCUGACGUGGCGGCGGUGGAGGCGCACCUCACGCCGGAGCGACUGGCGGACAGUGCCCCGCAGAUACAGCAGGCCUGCCUGCUGCUGGCGGAGGCGAACCUGUCGGAGGGCGCGCUGGAGUACGUGUGCCGUACGGCGGCGGCGGCACGCGUGCCCGUGUUCAUUGAGCCGGUCAGCGUGCCCAAAGCCGCACGGCUGGCUCGCUCGCUGCCGUACGCCACGUUCGUGUCGCCCAAUGCGGGGGAGCUCAUGUCCAUGGCGGACGAGGUGCGGAGGCAGGCAGGGCUGCCGCUACUGCCGCGGCCGCAGCUGCCCGACGACUCGCCGGCGCCGCCUGGCAGUAGCAGCAGGGGCGGCAGCAGCAGUAGCAACGAUGCAGCCUCGGGCUCGGGGGCAGCAGCUCGUGUGGAGGGCGGCGGUGGCGGUGUCAGUGUCAGUGGCGGUAACGGCGGUAACGGCGGUGCGGACGCGGGUGGGGACCCGGUGGCGGAGCUGCUGCGGCAGCUGACGGCGUUUGCGGAGGUGGUGCUGCUGCAGGGCACACUCGGUGUGGUGCUCACACUGGGCUCCCUAGGAGCCGCCAUCAUCACCCUCGGCCCCGCACCCGAGGACGCCGCCGCCGCCGCCGGCAGUAGCAGCAGCAGCUCGCGGUCCACGGGCCUGGAGCCCGUGGACGCCUGCAGCAGCUGUAGCAGCAGCUGUGGCAACAGCAGUGGCAGCAGUGGCAGUAGCUAUGAUGCUGUAAGUGCCCGGCCUUGCAGCGGCAGCGAGCCGCACAUGACACCGGCGGCGGCGGCGGCCGCGGCGGCGGCCGGGACGCGCUACUGUCGCUGCCGCUUGAGAGGCGCCAACACCAGCCACGUGCAUCCCGGGCCGCCGCCCUCCUUCUUGAACCGCUCGCUCACCUCGGCGGCAGUAGCAGGCGCGGGCCCCGCUGCUGCUGCUGCUACAGCCUCGCCGCCGCCGCCGGCGGCCCGGGCGCCCUACCGGCUAGACGUGGUGCACCUGCGGGCGCUGCCGGCGGAGGUGGUCAGCUGCAAUGGGGCAGGCGACACGCUGGUUGCGGGUAUGGUGGCGGCGCUGCUGCAGCGGCACAGCCCCCAGCAGGCGCUGGCGUUUGGCAUGGCCGCCGCCAAGCGGGCGGUGCAGUCCGUGUCCAACGUGCCCGAGCUGUGCGCAGCCGACUGGGCGCCCAUGCGCGCCGACGCCGAGGCAGUAGCAGCCACAGCCCGCCGCUACAGCUUCCCGGCGGCGGUGUCGUGAGGCGGCGGCGGCGGCGGGAAGCUGUAGCGGCGGCGGUGGUGGCGGUCUAGGUUGGAUGAUGUGGGGCAGGUGUUGGCUGUGUGCGCUUCCGUGUGAGCCCUGCUUACGUGAUGGGGGUGUGGUUUGGGUGGGGGCCGUGGCGUGUGUGGUUGAGAGGCGAUGCGCGCUGGCACGGGUUGGGCGGGUUGCUGGGCUUGAUCUCUGCGAGACCCUCCCCGACGGGGGGGGGACCGGGGGAGGGUGUCGCGGCAGGCGUGCAGGUUGCGGGCGCCCCUCGUCUUCGCGGCGUGCGGAGCUUAUGACCUGGAUGUGUGUUGGGAAGAUGUGUGUGGGGGUGAGGCUGGUUGGUAGUGCGGUCAUGCGCUGCAGACAGGCUCAUGGGCAGUGGCAGCUGCUGCUGCUGUAGGUGCUGGCGGCAGCAGCUUCACGUAUUGCAGGCGGCGGCGGCAGCAGCAGGGUAGGCUGGCAGAAGAGCACAUCUGGGUAAUGCAUGGAGUGGGGGCGUGAAGCGCCCCCUGCAUAGAGUGUGCCGCACUGCACAUGCACUGCACUGCACUGCACUCUGUAACAGCGCAACGAA